AUGACCUUCUCAACCGCGUCACAUAGCAGCCCUGCGCAGGCGCAACUGCCCCAGAAGCUUUCGUCGGAGAACACGGUGAUUGAAUCCAGAGAAACCGGAGAGGUGAUGCCGAAGCGAGAUGAACCGCCAAAAGAAAAGCCUCUGGCGCAUUUUGUUGCAGGAGGAGUCGGCGGAAUGACGGCGGCCACCUUGACGAGUCCUUUGGAUGUAUUGAAAACAAGGCUUCAGUCAGAUUUUUACCAGAGCCAACUGCAAUCGCUGCGCAGUUCACACCCUGUGCGGCCAGCUCCUGCCAUCGUCGCACUCCCGCGCAGCGCCCUCUUGCAUUUCAACGAAACUUUUCAGAUUCUUCACUCGAUAUACAAGCACGAAGGUCCCCGCGCACUGUUCAAAGGCCUUGGUCCUAAUUUGAUUGGCGUUGUCCCUGCACGUGCGAUCAACUUCUAUGUCUACGGUAAUGGAAAGCGAAUUCUGAGCAAUUACCUGGGCUAUCAUGAUUCGAUGAGAACACCAUGGGGCAUCCACUUGGGUGCUGCAGCUAUUGCAGGCAUGGCCACCGGCACAGCUACGAAUCCUAUCUGGCUGAUCAAGACUCGUCUGCAACUCGAUAAGUCCAAUGCCGAGAGUGGAAGGGGCGGCCGGCAAUACAAGAACAGUUGGGACUGCGUCAAACAAACGGUUCGGCACGAGGGAGUUCGAGGAUUAUAUAAGGGACUGUCUGCCUCCUAUCUCGGUGUCGUCGAGAGUGCGUCGCAAUGGGUCCUGUACGAGCAGAUGAAGAUGUUUUUGGCGAGACGCGAGGCUGCCAGACUGGCGGAUCCAGCCCAUGUGCAUACUACCUGGGACGACAUCGAACUCUGGGGCGGUCGUAUUGGUGCUGCUGGUACCGCCAAGUUGAUUGCUGCGGUGGCUACAUACCCACACGAAGUUGUUCGCACGCGAUUAAGACAAGCACCAGUUGUGCCCGUUGGCGGCGGCAAGGUCCAUGUGAAGUACACUGGCUUAAUUCAAUGCUUCAAGGUGGUUGCCAAGGAAGAAGGCAUGGCCGGACUUUACGGCGGACUGACUCCGCAUCUUUUGCGUGUCGUUCCGUCUGCCGCUAUCAUGUUCGGAAUGUACGAGGUCAUCCUCCGUCUUUUUGGCACGACCUCUUAA